UGAAAUGGUGGAAGGAUUACGGGAUGGAUAACAUACAAAAUGAGGAUUGGUCACAGUACGAAAAAAAUAAUCCAUACCACGUCGAUGGGGUGGACAAAGAUGGCAAACCUAUUAUGAUUUACUCCCUUGGAGAAUGGGACCUUCGCCAGGCAUCGGACGAAGGCCGGCUCAAAACUUUGAUUCGUUGGGUGAUCAAAGGAACGGACGAGGUUCAUAAAAUAACCAGAGAUUUAUUCAACCAGGGAAAGAUUAAUGGAACCCAGUGGACCUUAAUCGUCAACGUUGACAAGUUUAACGCCGAGCAACACCUUUGUGCCAAAUGUCUCACACUGUUCACAGAUUUUGCUACCAUGUACGAAAAGCAUUUUCCAGGAGCAGCGGAGGAAAUUAUUCUCAUAAAUGCUUUGGACUCGUUCGAUGCUGCUCUAAAUGUUUUUCGGCCAUUACUUUCUCCCCCGUCGAGGAAAGCACUUAAGGUGUUUGGCUCGAAUAAAGAGGAAUGGUCGGCGUACCUGCAGGCUAAAAUUGAUCCCGAUCAACUCCCCGGUAGUUAUGGAGGCACACGAAAAUAUGAUUAAGAAUCAAGUUGACGAAAAUAUUCGUUUAUUUCAGUUUAACCAAAUUGUAAGAAAUAAAUUUGCCGAAUUUUGUUUUUUGUGUAUGGAAAUACAGAUGUAUUGAUUUUGUCAAGGCUUCUAUGAAUGUGAAA